AUGGAGACAACGCAGCAGAAAGCGCAGCAAGAAGUGCUACGUUUCAGCGAGCUUUACAAGCUGCGUGAAGCAGAUUUCAGACCACAUCCGGUCACACACCUGAGAUAUGACAGCCUGAAUAUCAGCUUUACGAAUGCCGGCUCUUUAACCCGCGCGAUGCGGCGUGGAAAGCAUGUGGAGCCACUCUGCAAGAUCCUGCCUUCCUGCGAGAUGGUGCCUGUGAAGGCUGGUUUGCCCGAUGCAAUGAUGCGCCCCCGCUAUCCCUCAGAGCCGAACCUACGGCUGGAGGCUAGGGCGGGGGAGGCUGGAAGCCAGGACUCCUUAAAGAGGAGGACCUCCGACUCCGACCUCUCCCGCUCAUCGCAUGGGGUGAACGAACCCGCGGUGCCUUUGCAUUGGCCGUGCGCUGCCACCUUUGAGCGCCCCAGCCGCAGCAGACGCAGCAAGGGUGCACGAAGGCACCGGAGACUUGCGAGGGCCAUGGAAGCGGCCACCUUCAAGCUACCAGCCUCACAGGACGUGGGCUGCUUCGAGCCACGGGCCCCAAUACGCCAAGGCAACGAAAUGGGACCUUACCUGAACCCGUUCUUGACACGCUUCCACGACCGUCGCCCUGGUGGUGGCUUCUUUGCGGGCAGCGGCUUAGCUGCUGGCAAGGUAACAGCCGUCGGCUUAGCCCAAGUCGUGCACUCUGGAGUCCUCUGGAGCACUUUUUCUUUGCAUUGUCCGUGA